GGUGACUUUUCAAUUUUGGGUUUCAUCAAUUUGGUUACCGGGCAGAAUGCACCUGGUCACUUUCACGUCCAGGUGCGAGUUAUGCACCUGGCCACAUGUCCUCCCUGAUGCUGAUCAUGGUCUUGGGUUGCCUCGGUCCACAACUCACGAUGUGCACAAAAGGCAGAAAAGAAUGUGGCGGUGUGUCUUUCCAUCUUCUCGCGGAAGAUUCGUUCUCAUUUUGCACAUUUGAAGAUAAGGGGCUGAUCGCUCCGGGCAAGACGGUCCUUGUGGAGCCGACAAGUGGCAACACAGGUAUCGCUCUAGCUUUCAUCGCCGCGGCGAAGGGGUACAAGCUGGUAUUAACCAUGCCUUCCUCCUUGAGCCUUGAAAGGCGUACCGUGCUGCUGGCGUUUGGCGCUGACCUUAUAUUGACGGAGGCGUCGAAGGGGAUGAAGGGGGCGAUUAGAAAGGCGCAGGAGAUUGUCGAGGCGACACCCAACGCCUACAUGUUGAAUCAGUUCGACAACAAUGCGAACUGGAUGGCGCAUUACAAGAGCACGGGGCCAGAGGUGUGGAGAGACACAGCGGGCAAGGUUGACUUGUUCGUCUCCGGGGUUGGCACAGGGGGAACCAUCAUGGGAACAGGGCGAUACCUUCGGGAGAAGAACCCUGAUGUCAAGCUCUACGCCGUCGAGCCCGUCGAGAGCCCUGUGCUGUCUGGCGGAAACCCUGGACCUCAUAUGAUUCAAGGGAUUGGUGCGGGGUUCAUCCCGGGCAUCAUGGAUCCGAAGAUCGCCAAUGAGAUCCUGAAGGUGUCCAGCGAGGACGCGAUCGCGAUGGCCAAGGAGAUCGCACUCAAGGAAGGGCUGCUUGUGGGCAUCUCCUCCGGGGCGGCUGCGGCAGCAGCUAUAAGCCUUGCAAAGCGCCCGGAAAAUGCCGGAAAGCUCAUUGUUGUCGUACUGCCCAGCUUUGGAGAGAGAUAUCUCAGUUCUCCCCUUUUUGCGUCCAUUCGCGCAAAGGCAGAGGCUCUGCCGGUUGCCCCAGUUCACCUCUAGUGGGCGCCCCAUCGCGAUCAAGCUUGCCGCAGGACUUCCCCCCUUUUCAGGACGAGGGCGUACUCGCACUACGACUUCCUGGACUUCUCUCUGGACUCUGGACUUCAUUGUGGUCAAGUGCAUCCAUCCAGGCUUGCCCGUAAAAGCGGUCAUGUACAUCCAGGAAUAAAAUGUCCUUGCGUGGGUAUCCCCUGAUUUUACCUUCCGUUCGCCACUUCGGUUGCCAAGUUGGAAUAAUAGUUCUCCCCAUGAAGAGCUCUUAUUGGGGAGAACUUGUCAGGAGAGUUUCUUUUUAGGUCAUGUUCGCCCAAAGAACCAGAGUUGUAGAUCUCAACUGGAUUGGGGCCAGGUACGCCCAGGCCUGGCCGUAAAAGCGGGCAGAUACGUCCAUAAAUUACUACACGGGAGUGUUGCUCUUUCUAUCCUCCCCUCCUUAAAAGCUCCUUACCUGAUCGAAAAGCAGUCAUCUUAUUAACUGAGAGCAUACUCACACUAGGAUUUUUUCGAUUGGGUUCUGGACGUGAUUACAGUCGGAUGCAUCCAGGUUUGGCUGUAAUUGCAGUCGGAUACAUUUGGCAAAGUGCUUGUACUGUGAGUAUGGCCUGAAAGUGCUGGCAUAAAAGGAACUCUUGGUGGUUUUCUUGCGGGUGUUUGCUGCUGGCAAAUAGAUCAUGGCGAGAGUUUCGUUGAGUGCAUACUCACGCCAGGGCUUCUUGACGUUGGCUUAGGGUCUUAGAAUCAUGGAGCCGGGGUUAUAAUGCAACCAGAGGCAGAGGUUUGUCCACACACACACACACACACACACAGAGAGAGAGAGAGAGAGAGAGAGAGAGAGAGAGAGAGAGAGAGAGAGAGAGAGAGAGAGAGAGAGAGAGAGAGANAGAGAGAGAGAGAGAGAGAGAGAGAGAGAGAGAGAGAGAGAGAGAGAGAGAGAGAGAGAGAGAGAGAGAGAGAGAGAGAUUUUUGCCCAUCUUCUGUCUCAUGUCAGAGCUGUCGCUGCUGGAAUGAUCUUCAGUCCAGUAGUUCGCUUCUAGAUCUUGCGCGUUAUGGUGGUGAAAGUAUUUUUUAAUAAGUUUUCCAUAAAUAAUAUUAAUAUGUAUGACAUGUAAAUGUUAUUUUUGGAGGGUUCAGCCUCCUAACCAGUUAAUGAAAGCCUAAUGAGACC